UGUAACACAUGAAAAUAACAUUAAUCUAUUUCCUCCUCCUCCUUCCUCUCAACCAACCUUUAAACAGAGAGAGAUCCACUGAAAUCAAAAAUCCCCAAAAACCUAGAGACCUUCUCCCCCUCCCACCCGUCGCUAUGAUGGUUUCCAGGGGCUUAUUCGGCUGGUCUCCGCCGCACAUACAACCCUUAACUCCCGUCUCCGAAGUCUCCGAGCCUCCCGAGUCUCCAUCUCCUUACCUCGAUCCCAGCGCCGAGAACGGCGGCGGCGGCGGCGCGGGGAUGGCGACGCAGGCGGAGGAAGAGGAGGAGAUGGAUGAGCCCGAGGAGAUGGAGCCUCCUCCCGCAGCUGUUCCUUUCUCCCAGCUCUUCGCUUGCGCCGAUCGGUUCGAUUGGGUGCUUAUGGUGCUCGGAUCCGUGGCUGCUGCUGCUCAUGGAGCUGCGCUGAUUGUUUACUUGCAUUACUUCGCCAAGAUUGUUCAGGUUCUUGCUUACGGUACUGGAUCGGGUCGGCGGGGAGCUGAGGAUCAGUUUGAUCGCCUUGUUGAGCUUUCGCUGACCAUUGUAUACAUCGCUGGGGGUGUUUUCAUAUCUGGCUGGAUUGAGGUGUCUUGCUGGAUACUGACUGGAGAGAGGCAGACUGCUGUGAUCAGGUCAAAGUACGUCCAAGUACUACUAAAUCAGGAUAUGAGUUUCUUUGAUACCUAUGGGAAUAACGGGGAUAUUGUAAGCCAAGUGCUGAGUGAUGUCCUUCUCAUUCAGUCGGCUCUAAGCGAGAAAGUUGGAAAUUACAUUCAUAAUAUGGCUACAUUUAUCAGUGGGCUUGUUAUCGGUUUUGUCAACUGCUGGGAAAUUGCGCUCAUUACGUUAGCCACUGGUCCUUUCAUUGUUGCUGCCGGAGGCGUAUCAAAUAUAUUUCUCCACAGACUUGCGGAGAACAUUCAAGAUGCUUAUGCUGAAGCAGCCAGCAUUGCUGAACAGGCGGUCUCUUAUAUUAGGACGUUGUAUGCUUUUACAAAUGAAACUCUUGCAAAAUACUCUUAUGCAACCUCUCUCCAAGCAACUCUGAGAUAUGGUAUAUUGAUUAGUCUUGUGCAAGGACUUGGACUUGGAUUUACAUAUGGGCUUGCUAUAUGUUCAUGUGCUCUGCAACUUUGGGUUGGUCGGUUCUUUGUUAUUCAUGGAAGGGCGAAUGGUGGAGAAAUCAUUACAGCCCUUUUCGCUGUUAUUUUGAGUGGGCUGGGUUUAAAUCAAGCUGCUACAAACUUUUAUUCAUUUGAUCAAGGAAGGAUUGCGGCAUAUAGGCUUUUUGAGAUGAUAAGUCGUUCAUCAUCUGGGACUAAUCAAGAAGGAACUAUUUUGUCUGCUGUUGAAGGAAAUAUUGAGUUUCGGAAUGUAUAUUUCAGCUAUUUGUCACGGCCUGAAAUUCCAAUCUUGAGUGGAUUUUACCUCACUGUGCCUGCUAAGAAAGCUGUUGCACUUGUUGGUAGAAACGGUUCUGGAAAAAGCAGCAUUAUUCCUCUUAUGGAACGGUUUUAUGAUCCUACACUAGGAGAAGUUCUACUUGAUGGGGAAAAUGUUAAAAAUCUAAAAUUAGAGUGGCUGAGAAGCCAAAUAGGUCUGGUCACACAAGAGCCUGCUUUACUUAGCUUGAGCAUAAAAGAGAAUAUUGCAUAUGGCCGAGAUGCUACUCUGGAUCAGAUAGAGGAGGCGGCUAAAAAGGCUCGUGCACAUACAUUUAUUAGCUCCCUUGAAAAAGGAUAUGAAACUCAGGUUGGAAAAGCUGGUUUAACGUUGACGGAGGAGCAGAAAAUAAAACUAUCGAUUGCUAGAGCUGUACUCUUAGAUCCAAAAAUUCUUUUGCUUGAUGAGGUCACUGGAGGACUAGACUUUGAAGCUGAAAGAGUUGUCCAAGAAGCUCUUGAUCUUCUCAUGUUAGGACGGUCUACCAUAAUAAUAGCUCGAAGAUUAAGUCUGAUAAGAAAUGCUGACUAUAUUGCUGUAAUGGAAGAGGGUCAGCUACUUGAGAUGGGUACACAUGAUGAAUUAAUCAACCUUGGUAAUUUGUAUGCCGAGCUUCUGAAGUGUGAAGAAGCAACAAAGCUACCCAGACGGAUGCCAGUUAGGAACUACAACGACCCUGCUGUUUUCCAAGCUGAGAGGGAUUCUUCAGCUGGUCGUGGCUUUCAAGAACAUUCAUCACCCAAAAUGGCCAAGUCUCCAUCUCUUCAGAGAGGUCACAAUGUUUUUCGCCCCCAGGACAUGUGCUUUAAUAGUGAAGAGUCACACAAUGAUCAUAGCCCUGCUCCAGAUAAAGUGGGAGAAAAUGGCUCGUCUUUGGAUGUAGCUGAAAAGGAACCAACCAUUAAAAGACAAGAUAGCUUCGAGAUGCGGUUGCCAGAACUACCAAAAAUUGACAUUCAGUGUCCACAACGUCAGAAAUCAAAUGGUUCAGAUCCGGAGUCCCCUAUAUUACCCCUUUUGAUAUCGGAUCCCCAAAAUGAGCGCUCCCAUUCACAGACGUUUAGCCGCCCUCUUGGCCAUUCUGAUGACACUAAAACAAAUGUUAAGGUGGAGUCACCUUCCUUUUGGAAGUUGGCUCAGCUUAGUUUUCCAGAGUGGCUAUAUGCUGUAUUAGGGAGUAUUGGUGCUGCCAUCUUUGGUUCUUUCAAUCCUCUUUUAGCUUACGUCAUUGCAUUGGUAGUGACAGCAUACUAUAAUAGCAAGGGAAGCCACCUGCGUAAGGAGGUUGACAAGUGGUGUUUGAUCAUUGCCGGCAUGGGACUAGUGACAGUUUUUGCCAAUUUCUUGCAGCAUUUCUACUUUGGUAUUAUGGGGGAGAAAAUGACGGAGAGAGUGCGGCGGAUGAUGUUCUCAGCGAUGCUGCGUAAUGAAGUUGGGUGGUAUGAUGAAGAAGAGAACAGUCCAGAUACGUUAUCCAUGCGCCUAGCAAAUGACGCCACUUUUGUCCGAGCCGCCUUCAGCAAUAGGCUUUCGAUACUUAUUCAGGAUAGUUUUGCUGUUAUCGUUGCCAUUCUUAUUGGGUUGCUUCUCGGUUGGCGCUUGGCCCUUGUUGCAUUGGCAACUUUGCCAAUACUAACUCUCUCCGCCAUCGCUCAGAAACUUUGGCUAGCUGGAUUCUCAAAGGGCAUCCAGGAGAUGCAUAGAAAGGCGUCUUUAGUACUCGAGGAUGCUGUCAGAAACAUAUACACUGUUGUUGCUUUUUGUGCCGGUAACAAGGUGAUGGAACUCUACAGACUGCAACUUCAACGGAUACUCAGACAGAGCUUUCUCCAUGGGAUGGCUAUUGGCUUAGCGUUUGGCUUCUCCCAGUUUCUCCUCUUCGCCUGCAAUGCUCUCCUACUCUGGUUCACCGCAUUUUCAGUAAAGCGUGGAUAUAUGAAAUUGUCAACAGCUCUAACCGAGUACAUGGUUUUCUCCUUUGCUACAUUUGCCCUUGUCGAGCCAUUCGGAUUAGCACCUUACAUUCUUAAGCGCCGUAGAUCUCUCGCUUCAGUAUUUGAAAUUAUAGAUCGAGUGCCUACAAUCGAACCUGAUGAUACCUCUGCUCUUAGCCCGCCUAACGUCUAUGGAAGCAUUGAACUCAAAAACAUCGACUUCUGCUACCCAACUCGCCCGGAAGUGUUAGUACUAAGCAACUUCAGUCUCAAGGUUAGCGGGGGACAAACAUUAGCUGUGGUUGGUGUUUCUGGUUCUGGAAAGAGCACAAUAAUAUCGUUGAUCGAGAGAUACUACGAUCCAGUCGCUGGUCAGGUCUUAUUAGACGGGAGAGACUUGAAGUCAUAUAAUUUGAGAUGGCUUAGAAGCCACAUGGGUCUGAUUCAACAGGAGCCAAUAAUCUUUUCCACGACGAUCAGAGAAAACAUCAUAUACGCAAGGCAUAACGCCAGUGAAGCUGAGAUGAAGGAAGCAGCGAGAAUUGCAAAUGCUCACCAUUUCAUAAGCAGCUUAGCCCACGGUUACGACACACAUAUCGGGAUGAGAGGUGUUGAGCUAACUCAAGGACAGAAACAGAGAAUCGCCAUAGCUCGUGUAGUACUGAAGAACGCUCCAAUACUGUUGAUUGAUGAAGCGAGUUCGUCUAUUGAAUCAGAGUCAAGCCGUGUUGUGCAGGAAGCUCUUGAUACGUUGAUAAUGGGGAACAAAACAACGAUUCUGAUAGCGCAUAGAGCAGCGAUGAUGAGACAUGUGGACAACAUUGUGGUUCUCAAUGGAGGCAAAAUAGUUGAACAAGGCACGCAUGAUACCUUAUCGAGUAAGAACGGAUUGUAUGUGCGUUUAAUGCAACCACAUUAUGGCAAGGGUCUACGCCAACAUCGACUGAUCUAGAGAGAUUGAACACUUUCCACUUCACCAACGCUUAGCUCAGAGUCGCAUAACAACUAUCACGUGAUGCCACGGGAUACUGUUAUUGGAUGCGAUGACAAGACAUAACUUGCAAUCUGACCAAGGCUUUUCGGUUUGGGAACUACAUCAUAUGAGUAGCAGAUGUACAACCACGGGUAGUUUCUGUAAGCAAAGUAGGAGCUUGUAGACGUAGAUUCCCAUAUUCUUUCAGGAGACGAAGCAUUGAAGUAGGACUGUGUUUAUUCAUUGCUUGGUAUCUAAGGUAUAUCAUUUUGUUUAUUGAAACUCAAGAUUAGAGGCAGUUUAUUUGCUGAGGUUUGUUUUUGUUAGUGAUGUGAGUGAUUUAGGUGGAGAAUGUGAAAUGGUUAGGCGUCUUGUUUGUAAAUACAUCGUAUCCACUUUAUUUGGCACGUCUUUUAAAUGAAAGUUUGAUUGAAAUCUCA